AUGGAGAUGGAGAAGGAGAAGAUUACUUGGGACAAGACAUUUUAUUUUUGUAAUCGGACCGAUGAUUUCUGCGAUGUUUGUUUAGGGAUGGAGGAUUUAGAGGUCAGUAGGUAUGAUAAUUUUUUGGUCGGAAAGCUGGAAUUGAUUGCAAAGCUCAGAUUGAUUGGAAAGCUGCCAAGCUCGGCUAUUGAUAGUUUGUUUGUCUGCUGCGGUCUACAUACCUGGAUAAUAUCCCUACCUAUAAAAAGAUGGGAUGGUGGAUGA